UGUCCCCCUUGAUGAGAAUCAGUUGUGCAUCUGGACCUUUGUCUCCCCACAGUGCCGCCAAGCUCCUGGACAAGAACCCGUUCUCGGUCAGUAACACAAACCCUCUGCUUCCAUCGCCUGCCAGUCUCCAACUGGCUCAGCUGCAAGCCCAGCUCACCCUCCACCGGUUGAAGUUGGCACAGACAGCUGUCACCAACAACACUGCGGCUGCCACGGUCCUGAACCAAGUCCUCUCAAAAGUGGCCAUGUCCCAGCCCCUGUUCAACCAGCUGAGGCAUCCUUCUGUCAUCAGCACCCCGCAUGGCCAUACUGGGGUGCCCCAACAUGCUGCCACCAUGCCCAGUGCCCGGUUUCCCUCUAACGCAAUUGCCUUCUCACCCCCUGGCCAGACACGAGGCCCGGGACCCUCCAUGAGCCUUCCCAGCCAGCCCCCCAGUACCGUGGUGAUGCAUCCUUUCAGUGGUGUCAUGCCACAGACCCCUGCCCAGCCAGCUGUCCUCUUGGGUAUUGGCAAGUCUGGGCCCACUCCUGCUACUGCAGGAUUCUACGAGUAUGGCAAAGCCAACUCUGGCCAGGCACAUGGGUCAGAAACAGACGGUCAGCACAGCUUCCUGCCAGCCUCAGCCUCUACCUCGGGCAGUGUGAACUACGAAGGACAUUAUAGUCACCCAGGACAAGAUGGUCAAACUGCCUUUCCUAAAGACUUCUACGGACCCAACGCCCAAGGAUUGCAUAUGGCAGGUGGUUUUCUGGUUGAACAGGCCGGGGGCAUGAAAGGUGAGGUGGGCCCACUGCUGCAGGGAACAAACAGCCAGUGGGAGAGCCCCCACGGAUUCUCUGGCCAAAGCAAGCCUGAUCUUACAACAAGCCCCAACCUGUGGCCUCCAGCCCUCAGCCAACCCUAUGAGCUGUAUGACCCGGAGGAGCCCACCCCAGACAGGACCCCUCCUUCCUUCGGGGGCCGGCUUACCAACAACAAGCAGGGUUUCGGUGGCGCCCGGCGGCGGGCCACGGAGGAGCAGGCGGUACUGUCUGCACGGCCCCUGCAGGCUCAUGAGCUGAAUGACUUUCACGGUGUGCCCCCCCUCCACCUGCCACACACCUGUAGCAUCUGCGACAAGAAGGUGUUUGAUUUGAAGGACUGGGAGCUACAUGUGAAAGGGAAACUGCACGCUCAGAAAUGCCUGGUCUUCUCUGAAAACGCUGGUGUCCGGUGUGUACUCAGCUCGGCAGAGGGGACGCUAUGCGCCUCUCCCAACAGCACAGCUGUUUACAGCUCCGCUGGGAACGAAGACUAUGCCUCAAAUCUUGGAACAUCGUAUUCGGCCAUUCCAGCAAGAUCAUUUCCUUCAGCUUCCCCAGGGACGAAUUUCACACAGCGGAAAGCGGGUGCUGGACGUGUAGUGCACAUCUGCAACCUCCCGGAAGGAAGCUGCACCGAGAACGACGUCAUUAACCUGGGGCUGCCCUUUGGGAAGGUCACUAAUUACAUCCUCAUGAAGUCCACUAAUCAGGCUUUUUUAGAGAUGGCUUACACAGAAGCUGCCCAGGCCAUGGUCCAGUAUUACCAAGAAAAAUCUGCUGUGAUCAAUGGUGAGAAACUGCUCAUUCGGAUGUCCAAGAGAUAUAAAGAAUUGCAACUGAAGAAACCAGGGAAAACCGUGGCUGCCAUCAUCCAGGACAUCCAUUCCCAGAGGGAGAGGGACAUGUUCCGGGAAGCAGACAGAUAUGGCCCAGAAAGGCCACGCUCCCGUAGUCCAGUCAGCCGCUCGCUCUCCCCAAGGUCCCACACUCCCAGCUUCACCUCCUGCAGCUCUUCCCACAGUCCUCCGGUCCCCUCCCGGGCUGACUGGGGCAACGGCAGGGACUCGUGGGAGCACUCUCCCUAUGCCAGGAGAGAGGAAGAGCGAGACCCGGCCCCCUGGAGGGAGAACGGGGAGGACAAGAGGGACCGAACAGACCUGUGGGUACAUGAUCGCAAACACUACCCCCGCCAACUGGACAAAGCGGAGUUAGAUGAGCGAAUCGAAGGAGGGAGGGGCCACCGAGAAAAGUACCUGAGGUCUGGGUCUCCCAAUCUGCUCCAUUCUGUGUCCAGCUACAAAAGCCGGGAAGACGGCUACUACUGGAAGGAGCCCAAAGCCAAGUUGGACAAGUACCUAAAGCAACAGCAGGAUACUCCCGGGAGGUCCAGGAGGAAGGACGAGGCCAGGCUGCGGGAGAGCAGACACCCUCACCCGGAAGACUCGGGCAAGGAAGAUGGGCUGGAGGUGAAGGUCAUGAGGGCCCCUGAGAGAGCCAAGGCGAAGCAGAGUGAGAAAAAUAAGACCAAGAGACCUGAUAGAGACCAAGAAGGAGCUGAUGAUAGAAAAGAAGGCAAAAUGCCAGAGAAUGAGGCUGGAAAAGAACAGGAGGGCAUGGAAGAAAGCCCCCAAUCUGUGGACAGGCAGGACAAGGAAACAGAGUCCUUUGAUCCAGAAAACACAAGGAAAAAGAAGGAGCAAGAUUGGGACAGCGGAAGUGAGGCAGAGGGGGAGGCCUGGUAUCCCACUAACAUGGAGGAGCUGGUCACAGUGGAUGAGGUGGGAGAAGAAGAAGAUUUUAUCAUGGAACCAGACAUCCCAGAGCUGGAAGAAAUUGUGCCCAUGGACCAGAAAGAUAAAACCUGCCCAGAAAUAUGCCCCUGUGGGACGACCGCCUUAGACCUGGACUUAGCUAAGGAUUUCACCAAAGAGGGAGUCAAAGCCAUGGGCAAUGGGAUUCCGGAAAUCAGCCUGGAGUUGGUCAAGGAACUGCCUUUUACUGCCGGGAGCUGUCCCAGUGACAUGGACGUGGAAGCGCCAGGCCUAAAUCGGGAUGCUGAGCAGAAGCCAGCUGAAUGUGAAAUAGGCCACUCACUACUGUUGGCUUCAGAUUGCCACGAGAAGGAAGCAAAGGAAGAGGAGAGUGCAGACGUUUGUCUGGACCCUGCAGUCCAGCAAAUGUCUUCCCCUCAGUCAGCAGAGGAGAGGGCCCAGCAACCUAGCCCAGUUCUCGAAGACAGCAAGGCCAGGGGGACCCCCGAAGAUGGGCCUUGUGAAGGCAGCCCCCUGGAGGAAAAAGCCAGCUCUCCCACCGAAACCGACCUCCAAAGCCAGGCUUGCCAAGGAGUGUUGACCCAGGAAAACUCCAGGUACACGGAAAUGAAAUCCCUGGACACAAGGUCACCAGAAUAUGCUGAAGUGGAGCUGAAACAGCCCCUUUCUUUGCCUUCCUGGGAACCAGAGGAUGUGUUCAGUGAACUUAGCAUUCCUCUAGGGGUGGAGUUCGUGGUGCCCAGGACUGGGUUUUAUUGCAAGCUGUGUGGGCUGUUCUACACGAGUGAGGAGAUGGCGAAGAUGAGCCACUGUCGCAGUGCUGUCCACUACAGGAACUUACAGAAAUACUUGUCCCAGCUGGCUGAGGAAGGCCUGAAGGAGGCGGAGGGGGCGGGCAGCCCCAGGCUGGAGGACAGCGGAAUCGUGCCGUGCUUUGAGAGAAAAAAGCUCUGACACUGCCGCCGUUGCUGCUGUGCUGCUGUGCUGCUGUGCUGCUGCUGGAAGGUGGGAGGGGAGGGCCUGCUGAGGUGGGGUGUUCCUGGCUUCCCUCCAGGACAGGAACUGAAGCGAGGGAGGAAGGAAAACGCAGGCAGGGCGCGUUGUUGGGUUUGUUCUCAGAGACUCAUUAAAACGCCCCUCCAGUGUCUCCAGGGGCCAGGUCACCCUGGCACGUCCAGCCCACUGAGGGCAAUAGGCUGCCUUCUUGCUGUCUCGUUUCUCUCACACAAUCUUUCAAUUAACUUUUCUCUCGUCUUUGUGCUCCCUCCCUCUCUCCCUCCUUUUGUGCCAAGGGUCAUUUCCUCUUCAUAAAAUCCAACUUCUCAGGGAUUUUCACAUCCUAUCAAAUUCUUGAUAGGAUGUAACAGUUCAUCCAGACUGAGUCAUCCAAGGAGAAGAUUUAGUGGAAACUCCCGGGUAAAGAGAGCCAUUGCCGUGAUCUGUGGUUUCUCUGCCUGGCACCCUUUGUAUGCGAGAGCUAAGUCAGGGUCCUGCAGUCCAGGAGAAGGGGCACCAGGGUAACCAGUUGGCCAAAGCUCGUCCUGCAGCUGAACCGCCUUUUUGGAAAGCCCUUGUUUUAGAUAACUCUUUCAUCCUCUCAGUUAUUCUGGAAGUCCACCUGAUUCUUGCCUUAAGUAAAAUUAAACUAAUUUUAAGGAGAGGGAAAGAGCCUUUCAUUUUGGAAGCUCUGAUAAGUUCCCUCUGAUAAGUUCCCCCAUGGAAAUCUUGAUUUCAGAAAAUGUGCGGGCUGGUUCUAUUCUGGACAACAAAUUUGGCAUUAAAAAAAAUAGAGUUACUUUAAUUAAAAAUGAAAACAAGCUUCUUCUCCCUCCAGCUAAAACAGCAGUUGGUAGUCUUAGGUCGGAUGUUGGCCUCUCUGUAAUGCCUGACAUUGGCUCAAGAAACAUAAAAAUGAGGAAAUGGCAUCUGACCUUGCCUCACUUUUGGUGCCUGUGCUCUGGGGAACAAGAGUCUCACCAUGAUACGAGGGUGGGAGCUGAGGAGAGAGAAAGCUGCAGGACUGAAGAGUGACAUUUGAGGUUUUUGGAGUGUUUGUUUCCAACUUGACAGAGACCCUUGAAGGCUCCUCAAGGUCGAACAUAUGUGUAGAAUUUGAUGCCAAAGUGUUAUGAAGGUCAGGCCCUUUAUUCCCAACGUGUGUUUCUGAUAUGGGAGGUCAGUGUUUUCAGGCCCCAGAUGGACUGCAGGUCUAGUGUGAUGUUCCACUGGAAAAGUUUUGGGACAAAGGUGCUUAGAAAAUUAAGCUUGGCAACAGUCUUUGAGGAGACCUCAGGAAGGUCAGCAGGGAACCUGGUGCUGUUUUCACAAGUCAAAUACUCCCCUGAAGGCACUCAGCCUGAAAAACAAGUGAAAAACAAAACAAGGAAGAUGUGUCACUCCCCUGAGCGGUUCCUGUUAUUUCUGUUUCUACCGCAGGCAGGUAUACUGGAAAGGGAUUUUUUUUUCUUUUUAUGGUGGGUAGGAGUAUACUGUACAUUCUGUCCUGUGAACUAAUGGAAGAAAAGUGGAAAGAUUAUCUAGUUCAACACUGACGUUUUUAUCAGUGAGGAAACUGAGGCACUGAAAGUCAAGAAAGGUAGACCAUAAAAUGAUUGUGUGUAAACCUUGAGGCAAAUGGUAACCGGUGAGGGGAGAAUUACUGGGAACCUGUGAGAGAGAAGACUUAAGGCAAAUACCAGAGGAAAGCAGAACAGUUUGGACAUGUGUGAGGAGAGGUUUGGGGUCCUUGGGAAGGUUGGUAACUCAAAUAGAGUGAGGCCUGAAGAUUGUGGCUCAGCCUGGACCUGUUCCCUGACUGGCUCCACAGGUUUUAACUGGUAUCUGGACCCCAGUUUCUCAGAAGACCUUUGACCCCAUGUGUCUUUCUUCCCGCUGGAGGGAAGUCUGGGGGCAGCUCUGGCCUCCUCACUGAAUCUUGCUGAGGAAAGCCCAUAGCCUCCAUCAGAAGCUGGAACUGUACACUUUCAGAAAGGCUGGGAGCCUCAUCCCCCAGCAAAGUGGGAGCGGACCUCACCAGCUCGCACCCCCCCGCCCCACCCAGUGGCGUUUCCAUGGAAAUCCUGACAGCCUUUCAUACAGCUGCAUUCUUCAGUCAUGUAAAGUCCUCCUUGUUGUAGACCUGACCUUCUCCAUAUUAGAAAGCUGGAGAGAGCCCCUGGGAGGGAGGGAGGACAGGCUCUGCAUUCAGUCAGAAUCUUCAGUUUUAAAAUCAUCUAAGAUUCUCUACUUGUGUAUAUAUAUUUAUUUUUAUUUAUUUUUAUACAAUUCCAUUGGCAUGGUCCUCCAACGAGUAUAUAAUUUGCACUUUUUAUUCCUCUGUGUCACACAUAAUGCAGUAUUUAAGGCAACCAGGAAAAUAUUGAUUUUUUUUUUUUUUAAAGCUUUUCCUUCAGUGUUUGUCAACCAUUUCAAAGUGUCUCUCCUAAAAGGUUACAUAAGAGCAGUUGUUACCUUGAGCAACAGACUCAUUUGUACCCUGGGUUAAUAUAACAAAAGGCCUGUGUAAUUUUCGUUGUAAACAACCGAAAGAAAGUAUGUCAACAGUAUUCCCAAAGAAUUUGGUUAAUUUGAUGUUGGUGUGAGCAGCAGCCAUUAGUAUUAAAGUUUCCCAUUCUUGGACAGUCUGAGGCUGUGAUCUGUUAGUUUAUACUUGAACUGGACCAGAGUUUGUUUUUUGAGCUUAUGACAAAAAGAAAAACACUAGUUAAUUUAAGUUUGAGUUUGUAAAGUAUUUGAAUUUGUUGGUUGUCCCCCUAUAAAAUUGUCACCACUUUUCCUGAUCUGCAUAACUGACCGCAAAGUGUUUGUUUUUACAAAAGGAAAAUAAAAAGAUUUUUAAUAAAGACAAUUUGAAAGCUUGUGGUUGUAUGGCUGUGUGUUAUGCAGGGAGUUGGCUGGGGGAUGUCACUGAAGACAGGUUGGGAUUUCGUCCUUCUAUGAAUCUAGAUGUUUCUAAAGGUUUUAAUACCCACUGACGUUGAGUGGAUUCCGACUCAUAUCGACCCUACAGGACAGAGUAGAACUGCCCCAUAGAGUUUCCAAGAAGUGCCUGGUGGAUUCAAACUGCCGACCUCUUGGGUAGCACCCGCAGCACUUAACCACUACGCCACCAGGGUUUCCAAAGGGUUUAAUAGGGGGAACAAAACAGCUUCUGCUUACAGCUUGGUUGGACUACCAGGGAGAAUCAGAGAUUCUCAGGGGUGAGCCUUCACAGUGUUGGGUCUUAAGGAAGUGGGGAGCUGCUGACCCAUCUGGAGGCUCAGGAGAGAAAAAUCUCAUGACCUCUUUAAAAACUCCUAGCUUUUUUGCUACAGUGAUAGUUCAGUGGUAGAAUUCUUGCCUUCCAUGCAAGAGACCUGGUUCAACUCCUGGCCAAUGUACCUCGUACACAGCCACCACCCAUCUGUCAGUGGAGGCUUGUGUGUUGCUUUGAUGCUGAACAGGUUAUUAGCAGAACUUCCAGACUAAGACAGACUAGGAAGAAAGACCUGGAAAUCUGCUUGCCAAAAUCAGCCAGUGGAAACCCAUGGAUCACAAUGGCUUGAUCUGCAACCGAUCAUGGGGUGAUGCAGAACUGGGCAGCAUUUUGUUCUGUCGUGCAUAGGGUUGGGCUGAUUUGCUGGCAGCUAAAAAGAAGAAGCCUUGGUACCUUGUGCUCACCAGUUUUCCUAGUGACUGAACUCAGACUGUCCUGCACCAGGCCAUUUCUGGUGGUUUCAUCCCCAGUGAAGAUGAAAACUUUGUAGUCAUUGCCAUGGUGGAAAUACAGGGCCCAAGCUGACUUGAGUCCUGGCCCUGGCACCUGUUAGCCCUAUGACUUCCUAAGUCUCUACUUCCUCUGAGUAAUGAUAUUAAUCACUUCCCAGGGUUGUUUCAAGGUUAAGGUAAUUGCUGGUGAAGGCACUUAGUCUGUUGUAAAGCACUGAAUCUUUUUUGUUUUUGCAAUCUGUGCUCUGGACAACAACCCUCCAAAUUUCAGUGGCUCUUAAGUUCUUAACCAUUUCUUGUACCAAAACAAGGCCCAUCUCCUGGACCCAGUUGACUGGUCCUUUGAGUGGCCUGAAACCUUCUGUGGAUGCUUCCUUCUUUUUUGCAGUGCUCCUAAGUCAAUGGGGAGGGGUCAGGCAGCCUAAGUCCAGAGGGCAAAAUGUGCAGGGAGGCUAUAAUUACUGGGAGCAGAUUGUAGAUCUGAGUAAAGUUCCUGUGUACCUGUUGCUGUUGCUCCCUCCCUCCCUGACCUACAUGGCCAUCCUUGGGCUGAGCUCAGGCCUCUUGUUCUUAACCAUGAGGGAUGGGGAACAUCCUUCCCUGCACUGCUGGCUCUGCCCCAGCUGCCUAAAGCAGUGAGUGGGCCUCAAGCUCGUCCUGCUGCCCUAAGAUCAGGAACUAGGCUGCCUGGGGGUGCCCCUGGUGCCUGGUCCCAGCAUGUUGUUCCACGCUGCACAACUCUUGGAGAUACCGUCCACGUUGUAUUCUCUAAGAUGGUACCUCUUAGAGUUGUGCAAUGCCAUCACCUGCCAGGGAGUCCCCUAAGUUGCAGCUGGCCCCCCAUGUCUGGGUAUCCACUGGUUUUCAUUUGUUCUCUGGUGUUCCUGUAGGACCUAGAGUCUGGUUCUGAGCCUGAGCCCUGACAAUCAGACCCACUCUCUGUGCCUACCCCUUCCCCCAGGGAUCAGCCCCGAGCUGCCUGUGGCCUGACUGACGUGCCGAGACACUGGUACUCUCCACACAAUCCUCUGUGAGGCCAGGCCACUGG